AUGCUAGCUACCAAGCUCGAAAAUCUUCCUCCAGAGGUGUUGACUGCGAUCUGUACAUCACUCGGAGACGACCAAGCGGGACUCCUGUCGAUCUCUCGGGCUUCAAAAUAUUUGAGGGCUAUUUCAGCCCCCAUCAUAUUCAAGCAUAUCACCGUCACGACAAGUACGGGGAGACGUCGACCUCGAAGAUCUAGCCCAACUCGCGAUACCCGAGCGAACUUACUGCGAACCAUAGUCACCAAACCCACAAUCGCCGCGCAUGUCUCUAGUGUCCAUUGUCCAUCAUCACGGGGCGCCGUGCCUGCCAUCAACGAGGAAGACAUGGAUUUAAUCCUUCAGACAGCCUCCAAAUUUGGCGUCCCGGUUCCGGAACUACUCCGCCUCGGCGGUGCUCACCCUUCUCUCGAGGGUAGGCGGGGCUGGGCCCUUAGUGACGACGAUAUGCAGCGGCUCGUCACUGUGCGUGCGUUCUUCGCAGAACUCAUCAUCGCACAUACGCCCAACAUCCUCACACUCGACUAUAGUAUAGGCCGCUAUCGGAAUGCCUUCCAAGUGUUAACGACGAUUCAAGACUCAUCCUCGUUCCACCGCCAGCCCAUGUUCCCUUUGUUGAAAAACGUCCACCUGCGGCUAUUCGGGCCCGGCACCUUUCUACGGCCACUGAGUGAGAUGGCUCCCAAUCUUCAAACCCUCCGUAUACAGGGCGUAACGGCACCGAUGGAAGGCUGGCACUUUGAAAAGGUCAAGGAUCUCCGACUUAGCUCAUCAAACUUCACGGGCUCAGAGCUCAGGGGCAUCUUGACAGGGUGUCCCGCUUUAACUAACUUUGAGUACGAUUACUAUUCUCUCAGAGACGAGAGAUGUGCUCCGCAAGAUGUGGUUGACGCUUUGGAGAGCUUUGAACCACAAUUGGAAGGACUUUCUUUAAAGUUCCAUUCCAACACGUGGGCAGGCCGGAGAAGAGAGCCAUCGACUACGGAUCAGAAUCAGCCCAAUUCGGCGCUCAUCACCUCUCUAAAGCAUUUCACAGCCUUGAUGAACUUACAGCUUGACAGUGUGUGCUUGUGGGAAGACGCAGUUGAGGGAUCGGCCGGCGAGGAUCAAGGAAAUGGGACGGAACAAAUAUUCGUCAAUCUUCUACCAAGAGCCGUAAGGAGUUUGCGCGUCACAUACAAGAGCCCUAGACCGUUCCAUGACGCCCUGCCCGUUUUUGCGCGCAAUCUUGAGGAUUGCUGCCCUGAGUUACAACUAUUUCACAACAAACUGCUUUUUGAUGGUCCGUUGUCUCAAGGUCUCUUGGACCAACUGCGGCAGGUUAGGGAAGAGUUUGUUUUACUUGGUCUCACUUUUGAAUUCGAUGUUUCGAGGCUAAACGGAUGUGUGUAUGUCAACUUGGAUGAUGGAGGUCUGCCGGUUUCCAUUGAGACGAUGACUGAAGAAGAAUGGAUUCUUUCUGAAUUAGGCUGA